AUGCUGCGCUGGGAGGUGCUGCGUCCCCCAACACCGACACCACCGCCGCCAACGACGUCGACAACGUGGCCCGCGCCUGCCGUCAAGAACCACUCGGCCACGGCCGUGUCGCCGCACGAGCUGCUCGUGUUUGGCGGCUACGACGGCCGCCGCAACCACAACGCGCUGCACGUGCUCCACGUCGCGCGCCGCACGUGGCGCGACCUCACGUCCGCGACGCGCGGCACAGCGCCCGCGGGCCGCAACGGCCACACGGCGACGCUCGUGGACGCGACGCAGCUCUUUGUGCUCGGCGGGUGGCUCGGCAGCGGUCCGCUCGCGGCCGCCGACGUGCACGUGCUGCACUUGGACACGCUCCAGUGGCGCCGGCCGCCGCUUGCAACGGCGCUCAGCCCCUGCAACAUGCACACGGCCGACUUUGUGCCCCGUCUGCGCAGCAUCUUUGUGUUCCGCGGCGGCGACGGCCGCGAGUACCUGAACGACCUCCACGCGCUGCAGGUGGACCGCCUGACGUGGACGACACUGCGGCCGCGCGGCCGCGCGCCGGCGCCCCGGGCGAACCACAGCUCGGCGCUCGUGGGCGACGACCUGCUCGUGUUUGGCGGCUGGAACGGCCGCCAGCGGCUCAACGACGUGCACGUGCUGGACGCGCGGAGCCUCACGUGGUCCCGCGUGCACGACGAGGAUCGGGUCGACACGCGGCUGUAUGGUGCGGCGCCGCCGCUGCCGCGCGCCGGUAUGACGAUGGCGCGGCAUCGCGACCGCCUGUUUGUGUUUGGCGGGUCGGGGCCGUCGGCCAAGUGCUACGACGACUUGCACGUGUACGACCCGCGGCGACACGAGUGGAUGGAGACCGUUGCGGUCGAUGCGACGGCCGAUGGAGUUGAGGAAGCGAAGGCGAAGCAGAGACGGAGUGGCCGGUCGCGUCGCUGUCGGACGUGCGAGCCGCCACGGUGGGAUAUCUACGAAGACGACGACCAGCGAGACGCGAGCGUGGCGGGCAGUAUCGGUGACGACAACGAUCGACGCAGUGGAGAAGACGCGUGUGGGGAUUUGUACAGCGAUGGAGAGAGUGUGGGGAUGCCACGAGGGUGGGCGGAGGGUUCCUGCGGCUCGGCGAACCCGAACGAAGUGUGUGGGCUGGCCGACGUCGAGACGCCGAAGAGGAGAGACCCGUUGCUGGUGGUUGGGAAGGGUCCUGGACGGAGAGCUGGGCACACGUGCACUGUGGUGGACCGCAUGCUUGUGAUUUUUGGAGGCUCGUGCGGCACGGACUACCUGAAUGACUGCUUCACGUUAGACACCGAUCCGCCUCCGCGCGUUUCGGUCUCGCUGCCGUCGCCGGCAAGGAUGCUGCGGCAUGCGCUCGCUCAGUAUGUCGACUGCGAGGAGUUUGCUGACAUAUCGUUCCUCGUUGAAGGACGCGUGGUGUACGCGCACAAAGUGAUUCUCUCAGCGCUGAGCGAGAGGUUUCGAGGCAUGUUUUCCUCGGGCUUUCGUGAAGCCCGGGAGUCUCAAGUUGUUGUCCCGGGUGUGCGCCACGAGGUUUUCUUGCUGCUGCUCGAGUACCUCUACACGGGGCACAUUGACACACACGAUGAUGCGUUUGCGGCGUGCCCGAUCGCUCAAGAUGUCGGGUCUGACCUCGACUUUGUGUGCAAUAGCCUGGCUGCCUGCCCGCAGUCCGCGGACGGGCGUGUUGAAAUCGAAGACGCGCGCCGGAGAGAGACAGAGCAAGCCCAUUCUCUCGAGCGCGAGUCAACUGUGGAGCUCGAGUUCUUGUUGGAACUACUUGUGGCAGCCGACCAGUUCAUGCUGGACCACCUGAAGCAGCGUUGUGAGCGGACACUGCAACACGCAGUGCAUGUUGGCAGCGUCGAGGCAAUAGCUAGAGCAGCGGACCGUGCAAAUGCAGUGCAAUUGCUCGCAGUGUGCCGCCACUUUCGGCGUAACAACCCGCUGUCUUCGCCGUCACGUGCAGUUUCGAGCAGCGGCUGCUCCUUCGAUGGAGACAGUGAUCCUGAUGUAGAAGAGACGGAACCUCGGAGGACGGAGCGAGAUGAUAGUGCAGACGAAGUAGCGUUGCAGCUGGGUCCCGCGUCAUCCGAGAGCGGUCAGUCUUUCCAAUGA